GAGGGUUGGCGAGGUCACGCCUCACUUCCGGUGAGGGUUGGCGGGUUCGGAGCGCGCGCGCGAGGCCAAUGGCGAAACACCACCCGGACCUGAUCUUCUGCAGGAAACAGGCCGGCGUGGCUAUUGGAAGAUUGUGUGAGAAAUGUGACGGCAAAUGUGUCAUCUGCGACUCCUAUGUGCGUCCGUGCACGCUGGUCCGGAUCUGCGACGAGUGUAACUACGGCUCCUACCAGGGGCGAUGUGUGAUCUGUGGGGGCCCAGGCGUGUCCGACGCCUAUUACUGCAAGGAGUGCACCAUCCAAGAGAAGGAUAGAGACGGCUGCCCAAAGAUCGUCAAUCUGGGAAGCUCCAAAACAGACCUGUUUUACGAACGCAAAAAGUACGGCUUCAAGAAGAGGUGAACCUGGGAUCGUGUGCGAGCCGCUCGCUCCCAACUGGAGGUGCAGACGCCGACAGAGAGGGAGCAAGAGCGUGAUCUGCGUGGGGACAUUUUGGUUUUUACCCGUCGACUAUUUCACAAGCACGGACAUCAAAGCGGACAUCUCAAAUCAGGCAGGCAGCUUCUUGGGGCGGAGGGUGGGGGGGGUGGGGGGGUGGGGGGAGGCAGUGAAUGGGACAGAAUUAAAUGUUUCUCAAUCGUAAA